AUGGCUUCCUUCGCCGUGGGCGACGUCGUGGACUGCCUCGCGGACGCCGGCGCGGCCUGGGCGCCCUACCGCGUGGCGCGCGUCCGGUCCGACCGCCGCGUGGACCUCUUCUCCGCGGACGGCGCGCGGCUCCACCGCGUCGACCCGCGGCGCCUCCGGAGGCGCGGGACCGCCGCCGCGACGACGACGGACACGCCGCGGGCGCGCGGGCCGGCCUCCGCCGACGCGACGACGCCCGACGCCGAGGCGUCGCGGGACGGCGCGUCCCCGCGCGCCGCGGGCCGCCGCGUCGCCGUCGCGUUCCACGGCGGCCGGCGCCGCUGCGGCGAGGUGCUCCGGCGCGGCCGCUGCGACGAGAGGCGCCACGUCGUCGCGGCCGGCGCCGCGCCGAACGCGCGCGCGCGGUACGAAGUCGGCGCCGAGGGCCCCCUCCGCUUCGACGUCGCGUACGACGAGGGCGGCGUCGAGCACGGCGUCGCCGGCGACCGCGUGCGGCCGCUCUCGCCGGCGGACGACACGGCCGCGGCGGCGGACGACGCCGGCGCGGGGACGCUGCCGGCCGAGACCCUGCGCGCGCGCUGGCGCCGGCGCCGCGACGACGCGGCGGCGGACCCCGCGCCCGCGGCCGACGACGCGCGGCCCUGGCCGCGCUUCGCGCGCUGCGCGGUCCUGCUGGACGGCGAGUGGCGCCGCGGCGCCGUGACGAGCCGCCGGCCGGGCUUCCUCCUCGUGGCGCUCGACGGCGCCCGGCCCGGCGCGCCGGCCGUCGCGGCGUCCUACGACCAGGUCCUCCGGCUGCCGGACGCCCACGAGGCCCCCGGCGCCGCGGCCGCGCCGGCCGCCGCGCCGCCGGACCUCCGCGCGGGGUCGGACGUCGUCGUCGCGGACGCGGCCGGCGGCGAGAAGUCCGCGACGGUCACGCGCUGCCGCCUCGACGGCACGCUGGACGUCGCGUUCGCGGACGGCGGGACGCGCGACCGCGUCGCCCCCGGCGACGUGGCGGCGAAGACGGGCGGCCGGCCCCGGGCAAGCCGCGGGCCGGCCGGCGCGGCGGCGCCGGCGGUGGCGCCGGCGGUCGCGGCGCGCGUCCGCGCGGCGCUCGCCGCGGCGAGCCGCGGCGCGCCGGGCGGCGUCCGGUGGUGCCUUGCGCCGCUGGCGCGCGGCGGGCGCGUCGACCGGAGGGCCGUCGAGGCGCUCCUCGGCCGCCACGGACUCGCCGAGGCGGACGCGGCCGAGCUGUGGGCGGCCGCCGGGGGCGACGACCUCGAGGGUCUCGCGCGUUUCGCCGCCGCCGACGGCGCGGAGUCGAGGAGCGCGGCCAGCGCCAUCGACGCGCUGCGGCACGAGCUGCGGCGCUGCGCGGCGCGUGCCGACGGCACGAUCGACGCGGCGGCGGUCUUCCGCGAGGCGGCCGCGGGGCGGGCGGCGGUGGACGUGGGCCGGCUCCUGGACCGCGUCGGCGCGAGGCUCGGCUCGGCCUCGCGGCGGGCCGUCGCGGCGCGGCUCGACCGGCGGGGCGACGGCCGCGUCGACGAGGCCGACUUCGUCGCGUUCGUGCGGGGCGAGGACGAGGACGAGGACGGCGACGACGCGUCGUCGUCCGAUUCGCCCCCCCGGGAGACCGGCCGCCUCGCCGACGACUGGGACGACCUGUUCGCCGGCGGCAACACGUACAGCGUGGAACGCGACGUCGCGAGCGACGACGACGGAGAGCGGGAGGAGCGGCGGCGGGCCGCCCUGCGCCACCUGCGGCGCGGCCUCGGGGCCUGGCUGGAGACGCCGCGGUACCGGGCGCAGCUUCGGCGCUGCCCGCGCGACGCGGGGGAGGCCCUCGAAUGCCUCCGGCUGGGGCUCACGCGGCGGGACCUCGACGCGUGCGCGCGCGAAUUCGCCGCCGAGGCGCCGCUCGGGCCGUCCGUCGGGAGGUUCAUGGCGGCGACGGCGGCCUGGGCCGAGGGGGCCUUGGCCGAGUUGGGUUCGGCCUGGGCCGCGGGCCCCGCGGCGCUGUGCGCGGCCGUCGGCGCGCUGCGCGACCUGCCUCGCGGCGCGCUGCUCGACGACCCGGCCGCGUUGGAGGCGGCGGGCGUCGCACCGCCGCCCGGGGACCGCGCUUUCCUGCGAACGCUCGAGCGCCUCGCGGACGCGGAGCCAUUGGGGCGGGCCCUGCCUCGACCGCGCCGCGAGAACCCCGGGGAGCUGACGGUCGGCGCCGCCGUCACCGUCAACGGCGCCACCGGCACCAUCAAGUGCGUGCGCCCGAAUGGCCGCGUCGACGUCGACCUCGCCGCCGGACAGACGCUCGCGGGCGUCAGGCGCGGCGACGUGACAUUCGCCGGACAGGACGUGUCGGUCGUGGCGGACGCGGCCGUCCCGCCGCCCGUCCGCUGGAAGGAGCGGCGCGCGGCGCAUACGGACGCCGGGCCUCCCCCCUGGGCGACGGCCCCGAAGAAGCGUGGCGUCCGGGAAAGGCGGUCUUAACUAACUUCGCAUGUAUUAA